CAAUUACAAGAUUACAGCAAUUACAAGAUUACAGCAAUUACAAGAUUACAGCAAUUACAAGAUUACAGCAAUUACAAGAUUACAGCAAUUACAAGAUUACAGCAAUUACAAGAUUACAACAAUUACAAGAUUACAAAAAUUACAAGAAUACAGCAAUUACAAGAUUACAACAAUUACAAGAUUACAACAAUUACAAGAUUACAGCAAUUACAAGAUUACAACAAUUACAAGAUUACAACAAUUACAAGAUUACAGCAAUUACAAGAUUACAGCAAUUACAAGAUUACAACAAUUACAAGAUUACAGCAUUUACAAGAUUACAGCAAUUACAAGAUUACAACAAUUACAAGAUUACAGCAUUUACAAGAUUACAGCAAUUACAAGAUUACAAGAAUUACAAGAUUACAGCAUUUACAAGAUUACAGCAAUUACAAGAUUACAGCAAUUACAAGAUUACAGCAAUUACAAGAUUACAGCAAUUACAAGAUUACAGCAAUUACAAGAUUACAAUAAUUGCAAGAUUACAGCAAUUGCAAGAUUACAGCAAUUACAAGAUUACAAGGAUUACAAGAUUACAAGGAUUACAAGAUUACAGCAAUUACAAGAUUACAAAGAUUACAAGAUUACAGCAAUUACAAGAUUACAGCAAUUACAAGAUUACAGCAAUUACAAGAUUACAUCAAUUACAAGAUUACAACAAUUACAAGAUUACAGCAAUUACAAGAUUACAACAAUUACAAGAUUACAGCAAUUACAAGAUUACAGCAAUUACAAGAUUACAACAAUUACAAGAUUACAACAAUUACAAGAUUACAGCAAUUACAAGAUUACAACAAUUACAAGAUUACAACAAUUACAAGAUUACAACAAUUACAAGGAUUACAAGAUUACAGCAAUUACAAGAUUACAAGGAUUACAAGAUUACAGCAAAUACAAGAUUACAGCAAAUACAAGAUUACAGCAAUUACAAGAUUACAGCAAUUACAAGAUUACAGCAAUUACAAGAUUACAGCAAUUACAAGAUUACAUGGAUUACAAGAUUACAAGGAUUAGAAGAUUACAAGGAUUAG